GUUUGACUGGUUGGCACCAGGUCAGUCUCUUGACCGCGCUGGCACUCAACAUGUUCAAGAACCAAAAUAGCCCCACCCCUCUUGUCCCGUCACCGGGGCAAAAGGCUUGGCUCUUGCCGAGAUAUGCUCCGUGCCAUGUUUCAGAGGCUCCGUGUGGGUGGGAAGCUGCCCCACGUGCGCCCAAGGCUCCCAACACGAGAUGAAGUCACCAAGCUCAAUACGUUUGCAACAGGAUUCUACAAUGUUGCAGGGUUUGGUUUCCUUUAUGGUUCUGGUGUGGGCGCUUGUGCUGUAAUGCUGGGGCUGCAAGAAACGUUUGCAGAUGCCAACAAACAGAACCUGUUUUGGCUUUUUUUCGACGUUGGCCAAAUUUCAGUCCAUCUUGCCGGACAGUUUGCCUAUGGGUACACCGUCGUACCCCUUUGGAGAGGAGCUGCCGGAGUCGGUGCUGCUGUGGCCCUUGAUAUGCCAACACCGGAGUAUCCCAGCAUCCUUGCUACAUUGAAGAAGGAGUUAAUCAAUGCUGGGCAAAAGUUCACCUUUGGCAUUUUGCACACUAUGGGGCAAAUCAAGGAAAAGACGAUUGAACAGCUGCGGGCAGAAAUUGCUGCAUUGCAGAAUGCAUUUCAACUUAGAGACAGAGCUGACAAACAAGAGACUGCCGAACUUCAGAUGCAAAACGAGCAGCUGAGAAAAGAGGUAAGGCUGCUUAAAGAGGAAGCCAAGGCCUUACAAUCCCAGCAAGCAACACAAGAACUCCUAAAGACCUGCAAUGCCGUGAUCUUGGUCGCGGUGGGCUUUGGUGUGAUCGGAGUAUGUUUGCGAGGCGGGCUCAAUUGGAGAAGCAGAAGGUUCAAGACAAGAUUUCGUCAGAUUUGGAGGGCCAACGAGGACUUGGUCAGAUCCAAGACGUCCCUGAACAGGGAACUUAUUGAGAGCAAAAAGACAAUUGGCCACAAAGACAAUGCUUUGAGAGAGAAGGACAACAAGCUGAUAGAAUACAGAGACGCAGCCGCCGCCUGCGAGAACAACUUGAAGGAAUCAGAGAAGGAGGUGAACAAACUCAAACUCUCCGGGGUAGCCUACACGAGCAGGCUCAAGGAAAAGGAGGACGAGAUACACAAAUACAAAGACAAAUUGCUCACCAAAGAGAGCAAGCUGAUGGAAUCAGAGGAGGAGUUGAACAAGCGCAACCUCGCUGUGGCCAGCUACAGGAGUAAGCUGACGGAAAAGGAGGACGAGUUGAACAAAUACAAACACAAAGUGCUCACCCAGGAGAACAACUUGAAGGUAGCUACACGAGCAGGCUCAAGGAAAAGGAGGACGAGUUGCGCAAAUACAAAGGCAUUUACCGUCUUACUGAGUAUAUUCAAUUCAGUGGUGUCUUGAUGUGUUGCUUGCUAAUGCUGCCUUCGAGCGCAGCCGCAGCGUUGUGGAUGCUUGUUUUUUGCAUCUUUUCGGUGCAUUUCUGCAUCCUGCACUGGACAAUUGCGCUAGCAUGGUAUUGUUUUGUCCGUGUUGUUGAAUGCUUCAUGAAAGCAAGCAUGCCUCCCCUCAAAGCGAAAGCUCGAUGGGCAGCUUUGGUGGGGGCAACAAUUAUUACCUCUGACGAUUAUUACCUCUCUACAAUUUGUGCUCAUGCCCCAGCCCUGGCGAGAAUUCUAUUAGCGAUACGGGAUACGGAUGAACAUGUAAAAAGCCCGAAGGGGAUGCAUU